GAUCUCUAUAACCAAAAAUCUAAUUUAUUCUGUCAAAGUUGUCAUCGGAUCAGACCGUAAGACAAACGAAUCUCGACCCGAAGAGGAAAUGGCGGAGCAGUUUCCCGUGCCGAGCGAGGAGCUGCCUGAUCGCUCCAUAUAAGUACAACCCUCCAUCGAACAUUGAAGCAUAGAUUCAUAAAAGCUGGACUUGGAACUUCCUCUCCAUCUUCAGCGCUAAGAAAAACAGAAGAAGAAGAAGAAGAAGAAGAAGCGAAAGCAGGAUGACCGCAUUCGAAAUGUGGUCUCACCUCGGCUCGGUCAUGGCUGGGCUGAUGUUCGUCUGGGCCAUGUUCAAGGAAUACUUCCCUCCCCAGCUCCGCAUGCAUGUCGAGGCCUAUGCUCGGAAGGCCGUCGACCAGGUCCACCCCUAUGUUCAGAUCAAGUUCCCGGAGUUCGAAGGUGAGCGGCUCGAGCGGUGCGAGACCUUUACCGCGAUCCAGAACUACCUGAGCGGGAGCGCCUCGGCCACGGCCAAGCGGCUCAAGGCCGAGUCCGUCAAGGACAGCAAGUCGCUGGUACUCAGCAUGGACGAGAACGAGGAGGUCGUCGACGAAUUUGAAGGGGUCAAGCUCUGGUGGUCGUCGAGGCUGAUCCCUUCCCAGAAGCCCACGUUUUCCUUGUUCUCUUCUGCCGAAGAUAGAAGGUUGUAUAGGCUGACCUUCCACCGGAGCCAUCGGGAGUUGAUCACUGGCUCUUACAUAGAGCAUGUCCUGGAGAAGGGGAAGGCGGUCGCUGCUGACAACCGGCAGCGGAAGCUCUUCACAAACAACCCAAGCUCGAACUGGGGCCACUACAAGGCGACCAAGUGGAGCCACGUGUUAUUCAAGCACCCCUCGACCUUCGACACCCUGGCAAUGGAGCCGAGCAAGAAGAAGGAGAUCAUGAACGACCUCCUCAGGUUCCAGCGAGCGAAGGAGUACUAUGAGCGGAUUGGUAAGGCGUGGAAGCGUGGCUACCUCCUCUAUGGCCCGCCAGGGACUGGCAAGUCCACGAUGAUUGCUGCGAUGGCCAACUUCCUCAACUACGACGUGUACGACCUGGAGCUGACAACGGUCAAGGACAACACGGAGCUGAGGAAGCUGCUGAUCGAUACAUCUGAGAAGUCGAUCAUAGUGAUCGAGGACAUCGACUGCUCGCUCGACCUGACUGGCCAGAGGAAGACGAAGAAGCAAGAGAAAGAAGACGACGAAGAGAAAGCGGAUCCUGUCAAGAAAAUGAUGAAAGGCGAGGAAGAGAGCAAGGAGAGCAAGGUGACGCUGUCAGGGCUCCUGAACUUCAUCGACGGGCUGUGGUCGGCAUGCGGGGGCGAGAGGAUCAUCGUGUUCACGACAAACUUUGUGGAGAAGCUCGACCCAGCCCUAAUCAGGAGAGGGAGGAUGGACAAGCAUAUCAAGAUGUCGUAUUGCUGCUUCGAGUCGUUCAAGGUGCUCGCGAGGAAUUACUUGGGCGUCGAGUCGCACCCACUGUUCGCGAGGGUGAGGCUGUUGCUGAAGGAGACGGAGAUGACUCCAGCAGACGUGGCGGAGAAUUUGAUGCCCAAGUUGGACGACGAGGACGAGGACGCUUGCUUGGAGGGACUGAUCGAAGCGCUCGAAAAGGCGAAAGAGGAUGCCAGGAAGAAAUCAGAAGAAGAAGAAAAAGCUGCUGCAGCGGAAGCAGAAGCAACUGCUGCUAGAGCGAUGGCUGAGGAAGAAGCGCAACAGGCAUCGAGCGUAGAAAAGCAAGAAAACGGUGGGAGAGGAUGUGCUGAAGAAGUGAAAGAGAAUGGUGUACUUUAACAAAUAUUUUAGCAACAAAUCCAAUAAAUCAAUAAAUCAAUAAAUCUAAGGAUAGUCCUUAGUGUAUUGAUUUUUUUUUCUUUUUUUUAAUGUAAAGAGUGUAUGCGUGCACAUAUGUUUGGUUUACAUUGGCAGCCUCCCCCAGAUAGUAGCAGCUUGGCAUUGAAGUGGAGCUUUUUGCACCAGUCA